GGACCUUUAAUGCAGCUGCAGCUCUUCAUUCAGAUGCUGAGAGGAGCAGAGGAUGCCUGGAGGAGGGGACUCCUUUUCUAGAGGAAAACCAGCUCUUUUCUGAUCUAAAACCCCCUCACAUGGACGCACACUGAGGGAUUUUCCUCCGUUAUAGGCUGCUUAUAGUAUUCAGCUGGAGAGGGAGUGCUAUCCUGUGCAGGAUUGCGACAAUCAGAGAAGCAUCCUGAGUGAUCUGAGCUCAGCAGCAGCAGCAUCUCAUUGUAUGAAAUGCGUCACCGUGAUCUGGUUCUCCAUUGACUGUGCGCCGAACUGACUGUUUCAUCAGUGCAGGUAACCACAUGCGCGGGCCGGUGUCACCGCGCUGAGCCCCGGAGAGCACGAAGGGUUCUGUGGAGGAGGGGGGGUUCAGAAAGAGAGAGAGACAAGUAACAAGGUGAAUGGACCAGAUGACAGCCAGAACCUCCGAGGCCUCGGCGGGACCGUCGGUGCCGCUGCACCGCUGUCACGGGGGUCUCCAUCAGGACGCCAACAACAACACCAUCACCUGCGCGGAGCAGCUCGUCCACAGCUUCUUCCCUCCGUUCUCCUCCACCCUGGCACUCCUCGUGCUGGUGGCCGUGCUCCUGGGGAUCAUCCUCCUCUCCCUGGCAACCUUCCACUUCCACAAGAGGAAGCUCCGAAAUAAGAAGAUCCAGCGCGCUCAGGAGGAAUACGAGCGUGACAGCGAGCGCGCCGCCGCCACUGCCGGGGAGACUGCGAGGCCGUGCGUCAUCGUCAGGCCGAUGAGAUGCGCGCCAGAGCCGGAGACGCCACUGGAGUCGUGCGUAAUGGAGAGCGAAACGGAUGGCACCACGGAGACGCCGCUGGAGUCUUGCGUAAUGGAGAGCGCACCGGAGGGCAUCGCGGCGGCGACACUGGAGCACGAACCCGAGACUCUUGACUGUUAAACUUCAGGGAAUGAGACUGUGGAAUAAAACAGGAAAAGCAAUAAGGCACAAAGAAGUCCCACGUACCAAGUCCCAUCUCUGAUCUCUGAUCUCUGAUCUCUGAUCUCUGAUCUCUGCUGCUUGUAGACGAGUAUAGAAACGCAGAAUCCUGAGCAGAGUAGAACAGAACAGAACAACACACUCUAGUAGUUACGGUAAUUCCUUAUGAGACUGUAUAUUUGCCUGCUUUGACUCUUUUUGACCUCUUCUUCCUAUUCCUCCUCCUCCUCCUCUUCCUCCUCCUCCUCCUCCUCUCCCUC